AUGAAUACAAACAACAACUCACCGGACUCACAGUCUAACUCAAAAUCCACACAAAACAACCAAUCUAAAAAUACAAUCGACAAAAUUAAAAUAAUUAACCACAACGUUCAAGGUCUUAACAAUGAUAUAAAACUACAAGAAUGGCUUGAAUAUUGUCAUGAAGAAGAGAUCCAAAUCAUUGUUAUGACUGAAACUAAACUACCACAAUCCACGGCAUCUAGAAAGACCCUUUCUAACCCAUUGUAUAAAAUCUAUACAGCUAAUAAUGAUGUUGACCAUGCAGUGAAUAGAAAGGCAAGCCUUGGUGUUGCCAUUGAAGAUGACUGGAUGCAAUUCGCUAAACAGAUCAGGGAAAAUUUGAAAAGCUUCCCAAUUCCUAGUCUCAGCAUCAACAAUCGAAAAUCUCUAAACCGCUAUACAAACAUCUGGUAUAGUAUAGUGAAGCAAGCAGCUAAAGAUAAUAUACUAUCUGCCAUUAUUGCACCGAAAGUGUUUCAUGCACACUCUUUUAAGACAACUCAAUUGCAUAGAGAACUAAAAGUUGCAAAUAAAACUUUAGCAUUAUUCAAGUCAAUUCACCCACCACUCACGCCUGAUUACAUAAUAUCACAGAUAAAUAAGGAAUUGAAAACCUGA